GAAAAAUUAUCAUCUAUUGAGGUGUAUUUUAGCUACGACUAAUUGUCUAAUCACAAUUUAUCUCAAAUUUCUUUUUAAAAAAUUAUUUUGCUUUAUUUAUUUAUUUAUUUUUAAGUAUGGCUCUUUGCGAAAAUUUAGUUUUUAGGACUUUUAAGCCCACAUCUCUCUCAACUAGAAAAGACUAACCCAUACAGCAAAACCCUCUCUCUCUCAUUUAUGUCUAAUCGCAAGAAGAAGUUCACAUCCAUUUUCUCCUCCACCAGCGGCUGUGGCGGCUGUCGGAAACCGAAACUCUCCGACGUUGUCGAACCUAACAAGAAGCCAACCACCACUUCCUUCAGACGAUCCUCUUCAACCUCGAGCAACGACCGGAAUGGCGGUCUCUCUCUUGACGAUGAAGACUGUAGCUCCACUACCAAAUCCACCACCGGAAUCCAAAGCCCAGUGACUAUCCGCAUCGGCGACGAUAGCAUCGCGGUCGAGAAGGAUUCUGACAACCCAUAUGAGGAUUUUUGCCGAUCGAUGGUUCAAAUGAUCGUGGAGAAGAGAAUUUACUCCCCCAAUGGUCUUCAAGAGCUUCUCAAUUGCUUCCUCCAUCUCAAUUCUCCUUACCAUCAUGAAAUCAUCCUCAAAGCUUUCACUCACAUUUCAAAUGAGUUUGAAUACCACCGCCUUUGGAAUAUCUCUAAUAAUACUGACCGGAAACCGCCGUCCGCCGGUGAAGGUUGAUGGAUAGAUGUCACGUGCGAAGCCAUGUGAGGAGCAUUGAAUUGGCCACAUGAAAGAUGGAGGAGGGAACUAUCAUGGCGAGGGCACAAUGGUCAUUUCAAGAGAGUUAGGUCAAAGAUUUAAUGCUGGUUUCUCUCAGUGUAGAUUUGAAUUUUUUUGAAUCAAUCUCCUUUUAUUUUUUUUUCUACUUUCUAUUGGCUGUAAAUUAAAGGUGUAGCAUUAUAUAUAAAUAUAAUAACUUUCCUUCUCACUAGUCUAACAAUUAGUAAAGUGAGAGUGGAAAAUCGAAAUUGAAGGAACCUAAUCUUUCUCUCUCAAUAUCUUUUAUUUUCUUAUACACAUUUAUUAACAUUAACUUUUUAGUUCCAAGUUUUGAAGAAUAUGUAAGGUUUCGUUUGUGAAUUUUAAAACCAUACAUUUUAAUCGAGUUUUUAGAAUAGGUUGUUGGAAAGAAAUUUUGAAAGUUGGAGGAAAUUGGGAAGAGAGAAUUAAGAAAGAAUGCUACUUAUGUUAUUGA